AAUGUGGGAACCCGUCUUUGAACUUGUUUUCUGAGAAAUGUGUCUCAUGUAAAAACAGUUUCAGGUUUAAUAUUGAUGUAGGUGUGUAAAACUGAAGACAGUCAUAACUCCUGGAAUUGUUUUAUCUAGUGUAGCUGUGUUAUAAACAAUAUGUUGAACAUUGCUAAUAUCAGUACCCACUGCAUUUUAGGCCUGUGUAUUCGUUUGGCAUUAAUAGCCUAUGGAGAGGUGCAUGACAGAUUAUCAGUUGUACAGUACACUGAUAUUGACUACCGUGUCUUCACAGAUGCAGCUAGACAUAUGUUGUCAGGUUCAUCACCCUAUGACCGUCAUACAUAUCGUUACACCCCUCUCCUAGCUGCAAUUCUGACUCCCAACUUGUUCCUUCACCCAGCUUGGGGGAAACUUCUGUUCUCUGUGGUGGAUAUAUGUGUUGCAUUAUUAAUACGAUGCUUAGUUAUAGCACAGGGUUCAGGUCCACGUGUAGCAGUGUGGUGUGUGAUGGCUUGGGUCUAUAACCCCCUGGCAAUCAUCAUUGCCACACGUGGUAAUGCAGAUUCCAUCUCUGCUAUGCUCGUGUUGGCAACACUUCUGUUGUUAAAAAAACAGUAUUUCUUCUUGGCUGGUGUGAUGCAUGGGUUAGCGAUUCAUGUUCGCUUAUAUCCUAUUGCCUUCAGUUUGGCUAUAUAUCUUUCUGUACAUAGAGAUAAGCAUAUAUCACUCACAAAAAGGGCUACUUGUUCAAGUCGUGGAGAUGUUUUAAGACGAUUGUUAUCAGACUUAUACCCAACAUGGAAUCAUGUCAAGCUUGUGUUGUCAUGUGCGGCAACUCUGGGCAGUCUCACAGGUGUGUGUUAUGCUGCAUAUGGCUAUCAUUUCCUGUAUGAGAGUCUGUUAUACCAUCUGGGUCGACAAGACAUACGACACAACUUCUCUGUUUAUUUUUACUUGCAAUAUCUUGGAUCUGAUGCUCCAGCCGGAUUAAUCCAACGGGUGCUGAUAUUUGUGCCCCAGUUGGUCCUAUUAUUGGCUUUAUCAUGGGCAUAUGGCAGUCGACGAGAUCUUCCAUUUUGCUUGUUGUCCCAAGCAGUUGUGAUGGUGGCCUACAAUCCUGUUCUCACUUCACAGUACUUUGUGUGGUUUCUGUCCUUGGUACCACCCUGUCUGCCAUGGCUGACCUUGUCUUGUUAUCAGGCCACUGCUAUUGCAUCUCUCUGGCUUACCGCCCAAUUGGCUUGGCUGCUGCCUGCAUACUGGCUAGAGUUUCGAGGCCAAGACACAUUUUUAUAUGUGUGGCUACAGGGUAUAGCUUUGUUCUGUGCUAAUGUAGCAGUGCUCGCACGAUUCAUUCGGGCAUAUCAACCACUUGCGGUGGAUAAGUUAAAAUGAUUGUAAUACUAGUCUGUAGAUGCUUGUAGUUAAGCCAGUACAUCAGAUUGAUUAAAUUGUAGAGUUGGAUAAAACUGAAUUACAUUAGGUCCAAUAAAUUAUUUUAAAAAAUCACAUUUUAAUUUUGAUGUUCAGUUUAUUGUUAUCAGACAUUUCACCACUACCUCACAUGAAACUCUUGAAGCAAUAAAAUGACAGUACAAGACAGAGAGAAUAUACAGAAAAGCAAAAUAAAACUGGACUUGUCUUUUUUAUAAUGGCCGGGUGUGUAUUCUUUUAAAUGUAUCAGCUGGGUAUUGUUUGUAAUAUUCCAGUAAUGAAACAAUGAAAUCUGCCAAA